ACAGUUUGAUUUUUGAGUUUUAGCGCCACUUUACGCUCCCUCCCCUCCCCUCCCCUCCCCUCAAUCGAAGAAAAUCGAAAUCCCGAAAAGCCCCCAAAUUUAAUAAACGCUUUUCUCUCUGCAACUGAUCUCACAACUCCCAUCUCCCAUUUCUUCAAAAUUAUUCUCUAUCGGUUUUGGACUCUCUAGGGUUCUUCAUGAAACUCUCUCUCUAUCUCUCUCUCAUUUGAAAAUUAGAUUGUUUUCUGGUGAUUAAUAGCCCACUGUUGAGUUUCGACUGCAGGCGAGAUGCGUGAUCCUCAAGCCAUCAAUGACGGUAACUCUCAAUUGUUUUCUGGGGUUCGUUUCGUUCUCUUUGGGUUUGAUGAGGCCGCACAAAUUCAGUACCAAUCCGAGCUUGAAAAUGGUGGAGCUAUUGAUGUCAGCCCUUACAAUUCGAGCUGCACCCAUGUGAUUGUGCAUCGCCUUACUUAUAAUGAUCCAGUUUGUGUUGAAGCUAGACAUGAUGGAAAGACUCUGGUUUCAGCGCUUUGGGUUGAGGACAGCCUAGAAUUUGGAAAGCUUGCAGAUGCUAACCAGAUCUUAUACAAGCCUGUAAGGGAUCUGAAUGGCAUUCGUGGUUGUCAGUCCAUGCACAUUUGCUUGACUGGAUAUCAGAAGCAGGAACGUUCUGAUAUUAUGAAAAUGGUGGAUCUGAUGGGAGCACAAUUUACAAAGCCUCUCAUAGCAAGCAAGGUUACUCAUCUUGUAUGCUACAAAUUUGAGGGUGAAAAAUACAACCUUGCUAAGAAAUUGGGAAUAAAGCUUAUCAACCAUCGUUGGUUGGAGGACUGUUUAAAAGCAUGGGAUAUUCUCCCCGAAGAUAGAUACCGCAUCAGUGGUUGGGAAUUAGAAAUGCUGGAGGCAGAGGCCAGGGACUCUGAGGAGGAAACAACAAAGGCAGUGAUCCCUACAACACCAUUUCGAGCAAGAGGCAACUCAGGUGUUCUUCCUUUGCAAAGUGAAGUUUUGAGGUCCACAAAUUCUGAUAUUUCCAUGCCACAAGGAGCUCGUUCGAUUCAGAAAAAAACAGAUGCUGCUGAAGCCUCCUCAGCCGUCCAAAUAGAUAUAGCUAGAAAUGAUAUGCUAUUUUCAACUCCAUGCAAAGAGGCACCUAAUAGAAAAGAUCAUGUGCCAUGUGAUGGUACAAAUAAAGAGUGUAAUGAAAUGUUAAGCUAUCAAGAUAUGGGAGCCAAGUUAAUGGCAGAUAAUGACCAUGUGAUGGAGGACAUUGUUGUAGGAGGGGAUACAACCACCUCGAUUGAUGAAGUCCAAAAUCAUAUGGUUGGAGCAAAUUUGGUUUCAUCUGAAAAGAAAACCCCCAAAAGAUCUCAUUCUAGUGCCAUAAAUGUUACACCAAAUUCUAUGAGUUAUUCUCGGAAAAUAUCAAAGAAAUCCACAAUGGCAGAAUUAUUGGAUGAGCUUUCAAGUGGGUUGAACAGCUCUUCGCUAAAAACCUUCGGGGAAAAUGAUUCCAUCAAGAAUGAUGAUAAUGUUGUGUCAACAGCCCAGCCCUUCAAAACUUCGGUGCACAGGGUAGGUGAGGAGGUGAUCAAUGUGGAGAAGCUACCUCAGUGGUCAACUGGGAAGGGGGAGGAGGCAGUUUUAGAAACUGGUGCUGUACCUUUUAGGGAAGGAAAGGCUCUAGAGAGCCAAAAGCACAUUUUUGAAACUUCAUUGGGAAAUGGUCACUCAGCAGAGACAGUGUUGGAUGGUUUGCCCCUUCACCAAACUCGAAUCAAUGUUAAUCCUUCUGUUAAAGAAGAAAACAAACGGUUGGAGUGCAAUGCCCUUGUCAAUUGUACAGAAAAUGGACAAACUGGAUCCACUGAGAAUCAAUGUGCAACUCUGAGGAAGAAAACUCUCAAACGCAGGCCACUAAUUUCAAAAAAGGGUGAACAUAAGUUAGACUUAUCUUUGUCAAAAAUGGCAGGCAUUCCAACAAAUGGUGAAUUGAAAGCUGUGCUAGAUAUGCAAAUGGACAUGAGCAAUGGCUCUGGAGAAUCGAUCAUGAAAAACUUGAAGCCAACUGAAGCAGUGACUGCAGAUGUGAAGCCUAAAACUUCAUUAAAUGGGUUCCAAACUUUGGAAAUGCCCACUAAAUCUGAGAAUGAUAAUGGAUUGUUGAAUGAACUGGCAAGCUUAUCCAAUCAUGGUAUAAGUGAAGAGAGUAAAUCUCACCAAAGUGGAAAGUCUCCUGAAAGCAUUAAAUCUGCGGCAAUAAAGCUUCAAAGCAGCACCAUCGUAGAAGAAUGUGACAAUGGUAGUUUUGAUAAGAAGAAAGAUGGGGAGCAUAACAAUGUGGAGGAUAAGAAGUUGGUACCAAAGAAAAGUAUGAGAUGUAGGGCUAAACUUAGUACAAGUGAUCUUAGCAAAGGUAAAUCUGAAUGCCCUUCAGGUCAAAGUGGCUCUCAAGGUGAAGUUACGAUUUGUGCAGAGAAAGCUGAUGAAACUGGACUGUACACUGGGAAAAGUUUGAAGGACUUGAACACUGAGAUGGAGGACCUAACUGUUAAACCAGAUGACUGCAUGGCAGUUGCUCAAGAGAACGAAGUGAUGAGCCCAAAAAGUAUUUCCAGGAAAAAUGUGAAGAAGAAUGCGAUUGUCAGCGAGACAUCCAUGGAUGCUGAAAAGGAAAAUAAGCUAAUCCCAACUGGUGAGGAGACUUCAGAAUCAGCAAAGCCUCAGUAUAGGAAUGGACGAGUUUUUAAGAAAAUUUUAAAGGGGAAGAAAACUAAGGUGGAAAAUUCAACUAUGAAUCUGGGCACUCAGGAUAAGGUGGCCAAGCUUAAAACUUCUUUAAAAAAGAGUGUGCCAGAGAAUGUGAUUCUCAAUGAUACAUAUAUGGCUAGAGAGAAUGAAAAUAAACGAAUUCCAAGAGGUAAACAGACUGCUGAAAUGGCAAAACCUCAGAGUGAAAAGGCUGCAGUUAAAUCUGAGACAAAGACCUUUCAGAAUAUAGACAUGGAUAAUGGUUUUGAAGCGAAGGGCUUGGGGAGAGUGAGACAGUCAGCAAUAAUGAUACAACCUGCGCAAAGAUGGUUUAUAUUGAGUGGUCAUCCUCUUCAGAAGAAGGAGUUUCAGCAGGUUAUCAAAAAAGUGAGAGGGAAACUUUGCAAAGAUUCUCACAACUGGUCUUAUCAGGCCACCCACUUCAUUGUUCCUGAUCCAGUUAGGAGGACAGAAAAGUUUUUUGCGGCAGCAGCAGCUGGGAGAUGGAUAUUAAAAACUGAUUACUUAACAUCAAGCUAUCAAGCUGGGUGGUUUCUUGAAGAGGAGCCUUUUGAGUGGCAUAAGAGUGGGUUGAGCGAAGAUGGAGCCAUCAACUUAGAAGCUCCGAGGAAAUGGCGGUUGUUAAGGGAGAAGACAGGACAUGGUGCCUUCUAUGGCAUGCGCAUCGUUGUCUAUGGAGAAUGCAUUGCACCCACUCUGGAUUCCCUAAAACGUGUGGUGAAGGCUGGCGAUGGGGUAAUUCUAGCCACAUCCCCUCCAUACACACGCCUCCUCAAGUCAGGUGUGGACUAUGCGGUGGUGAGCCCUGGCAUGCCACAUGCUGAUGCAUGGGUUCAAGAAUUCAUGCAUCAUGGCAUCCCAUGCAUCUUGGCUGACUAUUUGGUGGAAUAUGUGUGCAAACCUGGUUAUCCUCUUGAUAGGCACGUGCUAUUCAAAAUGCAUGAUGCUGCUAAAAAAUCCUACGACAAUCUUAUGGCAAGGGGUCAAGAAGUGGUGAAGGGUGAAGAGGCCAAUGGUGAUGAUACCAUUUGUGAUGUGUGCCAUUCAGGCGAGCGAGCAAAUGUGAUGCUCUUAUGUGGUGAUGAAAAUGGGGCAGGUUGUGGGGUUGGAAGGCACAUUGAUUGUUGUGAUCCCCCAUUUGAGGCUGUUCCUGAAGAGGAUUGGUUUUGCUCAGAGAGAUGUAAGCCUCUUGGUUGACAAAAAUAAAAAGCUGCGGUAAUUGUACAUAUCUCUCUCUCUCUCUCUCUCUCUCCCUCUCUGUGACUUCUUUAUUCUGUUUGGCUCUUCUGUUUUCAUCAGUUUUCAAGGAAUGCAUGGAGAUCCAAUGGUAUAUGCAGUAGCAUUGAGUUGUGAAGCCUCAAGGAAACAUCUUAUUUUUUUUUUAAACUCGAAACUCCUAGGUGCAAAACCUAGGAAUUAUGUAUAAACUGGAGAGUGCCAGUUCUGUUCAAAUAGGCCUUAUGAUUAAAUGAUUUAAGCCUGCAGUCGGGGUGUUGAACUUGACC